AUGGCCCACCCCCUGAAAAUCUUCGUCGUCGGCGGCACCGGCGCCCAGGGCCUGCCGGUGGUGCGCGGGCUCGCCGCCGACGGCAAGUACGCGGUGCGAGUCCUGACACGCGACCCGACGUCGCGGCGGGCAAAGGAGCUCGUCACGCUGGGCCCCAACGUGGAGCUGCUGGCGGGCUCGUUCACGUCGGAAGCGGACCUGCGGGCGGGGUUCGCGGGGUGCUGGGGCGCGUUCGUCAACGUCGACGGCUUCGCCACGGGCGAGGCCAUGGAGAUGUUCUGGACGGCGCGGUGCUUUGAGAUUGCCGCCGAGAGCGGCGUCGCCAUGUACGUGCACGGCAACCUCGACUACGGCCACAAGCUCGGCGGCUACGACGCCCGCUACCGCUGCGGCCACUACGACGGCAAGGGCCGCAUGGGCGAGUGGAUCCAGCUGCAGCGCGCGGCGGCCAAGAAGGAUGGCAACAGCGGCGGCAUGAAGGCCGCCGUCUUCACCACCGGCCCGUACAUCGAGAUGGUGCUGUCGCCGCACACGCCCAUGGCACCGAGUGUCGAGCGCGACGACGACGGCGACGAGGUGGUGACGUGGCGGGUGCCGCUGACGGCGGGCGGGGCGGUGCCGCACGUGGCGCUCGACGACUGCGCGGCGUACGCGCGGUGGCUGUUUGACAACCCCAGCGGCGCCGACGGCAUGGACCUGGCCGUGGCCAUCGACCACAUCGGCUACGCGGAGCUGGCGGCCGCCUUUGCCAAGGUCACGGGCCGCAAGGCGCGCUUCGUCGACGUCAGCCUCGACGAGUACUGGCAGGGCCCGUACUGGAGCAAGGCCGCGCCGCUGCAGACGGGCUACACGGCCGACCCCGCCAGCCCGGCCGCCAUGACCAUCCGCAACAACUUCUCGGGCUUCUGGCGGCUGUGGCAGGCCUCGGGCGGCAACAAGGGCGUCGUCCGCAGGGACUAUGCGCUGCUGGACGAGAUUCACCCGGCGCGCAUCCGCAGUGCCGAGGAGUUCUUCCGUCGCGAGGACGAAAAGGCCCGGGCUCAAGGCCGCGGGUCGCUGUGGGACGCCGUCGCCGUGAAACCGCAGUUCAUCUUGAAGAUUCACGAGGACGGCAUGGCGCAGGGCCCGAAACAGAAAAUUUAG